UACUUUUCCUUUCGAAUUCUACUGACUGCUGAUUUAGAUCUAGGGCCUAGAUCUAGAUCUAGUAUUAUACUAAGUAUACUGAUAGUAGCAGAUCGUACCCAGACUUAUCUUGUGACCUAGAUAUGCAUCUAUUAAACCGAAAUUGAAAGGAAUGAUUUUUACUUUGUUCCUUGAAUACGAAUCAACUUCAACAAGCAGUAGGAUUUCCAAGUGUAACCUCUAAUCGGAGAGGCAGUGUCCCUCUCUUCUUCCACUUGCUGCGCUGUGUGUGUAGGCCUACUGUACUGUACUCUACUUGAUCUAAUGUAAUGAACUGUUGUCCCGUUGACUAUUCAGAAUUCAGGGUUUCCUCAGCUGUGUGUUAGUGACAUUUAGAUCUAGUGUCUCGGUUUUGGUUUCAGUUAGAUCCGCAGCCUUUUGCCUAAACUUUGACAAAUUAAAACAAGAAGUGAAUUUAUAACCCACAUUGAUUCAAGUUUUGAGGUGGUUCGUGAAUUAAUUUGAACAUUAGAUUAGAGAUUCUGAAUUCUGUUGCUAUUUGCGACAUCAUAAACUUUAAAAUUCUGCUGGCCAAAGGAAUGUGUCAUGUUCCAGUAGGCUUUUCUCUGAUUGCCACUGCGUCUUUUGACUUAAUUGAAAAUAAAAAUAAAAAACGCUGACUAGAUCUAGAUUCUAGAUCUAGAUCUAGAUCUAUCAAGAAUAGAGUACAUGACAAUGGAACAAUCUGUUGGGUCGCAUAAACGGCACAGCACAGAGUCAGCAAGUCCGGCUCUCAAGACGUCUCCGUUAUAUCGAUUUGAAAAAAGUUUUCCGUACUUCCGAGAGCCAGGAGAGAUUGGAACCUUUAGCCUCGACGCUGACAGGCAGUUUCACAAUGACAAGCGGCAGUUGAAAAGUUAUUUUCCUCCAAAAGAUCCUGGACAUUGCAGGUUUGAUCUGAAACAUGGCUAUGAGAUUAUGAUACACAAAGAUGAGAGCGUGAAAGAGUACUUACAUACUCUUCUUCAGUGGAUUAUGGAGAGCAGAGACAGAUUUGUGGUGAAGAAAACUCCGUCAAAGGGCAGUUGCAGUUCUGGAAUGACAGAGGAUGCUGUGAAAACAAAAUCGUCAGAUGAUCUAAAAUUCCAAAGUCUAUCGACAGAUUUUGUUUGCUGGAGGGGCUUGCUCACCAAGCUGCUGUGCGUGCCAUAUGAAAAAAGAGAUGGUCUUAUGCUGGCUGUCAUCAAGUUUCGAGGGACAUACUACAUGUGCGAAUUCGAAACGGAGUCAAAGAAACUAGAGAAACAGCAGACCACGCCACGACAGGAGCAGAUGUGUGCUUGGGGUUUCAAAUUUGAGCAGUAUGUUGUUGCAGACAAAUCAAGUGAAAGACCAGACACUUCAAAACCCGUCAACACUAAUGAAGGUUUUUGUACUAUUGUACGAUCUCGGCUUGAGUCCCAUUCAUUAGUUUUUGGUGCAGAAGUAGAUUGUGAAGACCCUUGGCGGAAACAAGGCAAUAAAUACGUUGAGCUGAAAACCUCUCGGCUCAUUGAUACCCAAAGGCAACAUGAAAAUUUUUGCAGAUUCAAAUUGAUCAAGUGGUGGGCCCAGAGUUUUCUGGUGGGGAUUCCUGUUGUCAUCUGUGGUUUCCGUGACGACAAUGGAGUCGUUCAUUGCCUGCAGAACUAUCCCGUGAAGGAAAUGCCAGCCUUAACGAAAGAUUCUAUACGCCAACCGUGGAAACCAAAUGUCUGUUUUAACUUUCUCAAAGAUUUCCUGGACUUUGUCAAAUCAAAUAUCACUGAAGACAAUGAAAGGUGUGCCCAUGUUUUCCGCUGGGGGCCGGGAAAAGACAUGACUUACGAGAGGCGGGACAAUGACGAAGAAUUCAACUUCCUACCGCAAUGGUUCGUCUCAUGGGAUGCAUGGGACAAGCCGGUGUUAGCCGACGCCUGAUUGGUCCUCCCCGGAGGACUCGGCAAGCCUUGGGGGAGUCUACUGGCUCAAAAAAGCAGUACAAAUAUUGUAAUUGGUCGCUUAAAAGCACAAGGGGGCUAUCCCGAAAAAUGCUGUUUUGAGAAAAUCGAAGGUUAAGUUUUUGCCCUUUGUUC